CGUAGGUUAGCAGCACAACUAGGUGGUGAGAAAGGUAUACAUUUAGAUGGGCACUCUUCACUGUGUCGCAUGCUAGGUCAAUGUACUUAGCUGCAUGUCCGCGCUUGGCAGAUUGGUCAGCCCCGAUGUUUUGCAAUAUGUUGACGUCUUCAUGCACCAGUUCCUGCUGAUAAUCUACACGUCAUAUAAAGGUUUCUUUAGCUACUGCUGGGUAGAGUGACAAUGCAACGGGCAAUAUGCAGUGACUUGCUGUUUUCAACGUACGAUGUAUGUGCAUUGUCGGAGGCGGAAACAGACGUACAUAAAAUAGCGCUUGGAAACGGUGAUGGAGAGAAAAACCGUUGUGCUUAGCGUUAGGCAAUGUUCAAGCAGAAAAACUGAGCGACAGAAGUGCCCCGUUGUCCGGAAAAGGUGACGUGAUUCGCAAGUAUCCACCAUGGAGUCUACAGUUCAGGAGGUGACGGAUCGUGGAGCAGACAGUGGUGCUCGUGGGGCGGAGACGCCGAUUUCGUUUCCUGUGGAACAGCCUGACACUGUUUCAGACAGCUCUGCGUUGGCUUCAUCCGUAUACGGUACCCCACGGACACAGUGCUCCUCGGCCGAUGACAGCCUGUCCUCCGAUUCCCGAGACACGAGCUCUUUGGUCUUGGCUCCACUGGGAAGUCAUAACGACGGAUCAUCAUCUCCAGCUUCAUCAGCUGUUGGGACUCCCACAACCAGACAGCGGUCCACGAUAAACAUAGAAAAAUACGAGCAAGCUCUCAAAGACCAGCGAGCAGCAAUUGAAGAACGAAAUUUAGUCAUUAAACAGCUGACAGACAAACUGCGAGCAACGGCCGCCGAACAGGACGAACUUUUAAAAAGUGAAAGGGAGCACGUCAGGGGUCUCGAGAUGGAGCUGGAUGCCCUAAAACGGAAGGCUGCCGCGGCAGCGGCUCCCGAAUCAAACAACAACAACAGUGGCUCAAUAAAUAAAAGUGUAUCUGAAUACAGUUUUGUGGAACUACGCUUAGCUGAAGCCGACAUAACUAUGAAACAGCAACGGAAUCAACUCGAAUGCGAGCGGAAACAAAAUGCUUCGAUCCAGCAACAGGCCCAUAUUUAUGAAUUGCAAGUUCGAAGUCUACAGGGACGGCUGCGUGAAGCUACACAGGAAAUUCAAUCUUGGAGAAGCAAGGUUGGGGAGGCAGAGAAUCGUGUCAAAGCAAUGGAAGACCGCAAUCGUGGUUUAGAAGGCGAACUAAGUGAGGUGAAAACCCAGUUGAUAUGGGCUUCUGAAGAGCAUGAGCAGGUACGCGUGAAACUACAGGCCCGCGAGAGUGAAUAUAAGCGAAUUAAACAGGAUCUUCAGCUUCGCACUGACAGCCUACGAGAAGCGACUAAAAGGCUCGAAGCGCUUAGGCGGUAUGAAACAGAAAGUAAUGUCAUUCACAAAUCUUUACAGCAGCUCAAGGACGAACUAAACCAGUCAUUAACGUUGAAUCGCUCGCUAAAAGAAGAGCGGGACCAACUGCAAGCGCAACUGGCCAACGCAAGCGCAUGUUGUGGCUGUUACGGCAAUCAAACUAUUUCGGAACAAACACAAUACCUUGAUUUCCCUCAAAGAUCCCCUAUCGCAGUAAGCGCCCUAUCUUUACCAGGAAAUAUGCGUAAUGAAGUUAAUGAUCUUUUGGCAAGGUGGCCUGACUGUGGAGUAACGCAGGAAGUGGAAAAUAUCGGUGAUUUAGUUGCAGUACUCAAAUCAAUUCGUGAAUACGUUUUGCGUGACAAAGUGCAAUUGGAAGAAGAGCUCCAGGAUGUGCUUAAGGAAGGCCAACAGGUUCAAAGUCUUCAUGACGUUGUUGGUGUUGUUCAGAUUCUCAAGGCAUAUGGACUGCAGGGCCGGAGAGUUCCUGGAUUAGAGGCAGAAAUUCGUACACUCAAGGUGAAACUAGCAGACUGUGAGGCUCAUCUGGAUCAGUCUGAGAAAGAGGUGGAACGGCUCCGUGCAGUCGAAAGUGGUCAACCUUUUGUAGAGGAAAUUGCCCAAAAACUAUAUGCCUUGCCAAACGAGAACCUGCAGCUACAACACAAGAACCUGCUUUUAGAAGGGCAGAUGGCCAAACACUCGCAGAAUACAACGCCUACAAAUCCGAACUGCAGCAAUUUUGAGGAGAAAAUUACUGCAACAACUCCCAAUAGGUCGACGACACCGUCAGCAGAAAGUUUUCUUCUCUUUGAUACUACCCCUUUGAGGGCCAAUCCACUUCGUGUGAACACUCCACCACGGUGCUUGCUUGACAUGACUAACAUCACCUGUCGCACGGAGAACAAUGGAGAUGAAGGCCAAUGCAACAGUCUCUUGACAGAGAAUAUUAGUAGUUUUUUUUUAACGUUGGAGGAGUUCCAGAAUUCAGCCGACAACCUUCAGGUCGAGAAAUCUAUGCUUAUCAACCAACUCAAUGACAAAUUAGUCGAUGAAAAAUCAAAACGAAACUUUAAAAAACUUAUGGAUAUAUGGGAGUACGAGAAACUUGCUUUGUAUAAUGAAUUCACGGAGAAAGUUGCCCUGAACCAAAAACAGACAAGUGAAGCCGUUGAACAAAAAUAUCUCGCUCAGAUUGAAUCCCUUGCAGCUAAAUGGGAAUGUGAGAAAAAUUCUGCUCUUCAUGAUCAGUUAUUAAGAUAUCUUCAUGAUCUAAGCGAGCCGAUGACAGUUCAUGAUCACAUUGUUGCCAUCAGAGCACUUCUCGAGAAAGACCUCCUCGGAAGCAGAUUUCUUUUCAGCUGCAAACUGAAGGCCCAAUCUGAAACGGAAGUGUUGCGACAGGAGAAAACUGACGGUGGAGCGGAUGGUGACUGCGUUCGCGAUAUUCAAUUAGUUGGUGUCACUCAACUAUACGAACAGUUAUGUGAUACGAUCGAGAAGUGUCGGCUAAAUUUCGAGGACUUGUGCGGCUCACUGAUAAAGGAAGUAAAUGCGACCAAGGACGCUCUAGUCCUCAAGGACAACAAUCGUAUUAAUCAACUAGAAUGCACUGUCGAUGACACAAGGAAUCUACUAGUCAAAACGGAAACGCACCUGAACAAACUCACCCAAACCAAGGAAUCGCUCGAAGCACAAUUAAGUGGUGCAAAUAAGGAGUUAUCAGAACUACAACAAAAACUAAAUCAGGUGUCCGAGGCAAAUGAUCGGUUACUAGAUAUUAUAACGAAAAUGAAGAAAAUAUUGGGUGUUGAGUGCGAAGAUAAGAUGUUGCCGGCAAUCUUGGAUGAAAUGUUGACUAUGUCCGAAGUUUCCGGAGGUUUAAGUUUGGCGGAUCUGGCAAAAGCUCUGCGGGACGGUGCCGAGCUAGCGGAAGAAGCAAAAAAAGCCCUCAUAAUGCGACUUGGCGAUUCUCAGAUGUCAUUUGACAUGAGCACUAUGAGCGGAGUUUCCGCAGUUUCAAUUGCCGAAGACCAGCUAAGCAAGCUUCGUAAGGAAUAUGACCUCUUGCAACAAAGGUUGCGGCAAGUCGAGGAUGAACGUGAUCUCCUUGAGAGCACGUCAAUAAUUUCGGACGUAGAAACAGGCUACGAGGUGAAACUAUCUGAUUCUUUAAUCAAGCUUGUUGGAGAACUGCGUCAGGAAAAAAACAAGAACAAAGAGUUGCGACAAAAAUUGGACGAGAGCAUAACGCAGGGAGCAAAUGGAAUCCCUCAGGGUCCUUCUAAACGUGUCAUGUGCUUUGGCGAUGAACAAAGACCAAGGCUGUCAUUGCAGCCGCAGGCAGGGACGCCUACACCCUCGGCGUACCGACAAAAGGCUAUCCAACAGGAACGAUUGAAUCUCAAAUUCGCACUUCAGUCCAACGAGCGUCUUCUAAGUAUAUUGUCAGAUGUCGUGAAAACAUGUGUUUCAUGUGACCAGGACAUAAUCCGCGCGUUAGAGGCAGUAGGGGUCGUUGAAGUAUCUGGCAGUGCCCGAAAUAUAAGCAAAGAUCGAGACCGACAACCUGAAGUUGGUGGAGUAACUCAUACACCUAUAGAGAAAGCUGUUGAAGAAGAAGAACCGCUAUUCAGUCUUGGAUCAGCUCUCAAUGCAUCACGGGACGAAGGCAUGAAUGGACCGUAUCCAUCAAAAGAGGAACUGAAUGACCUCCUUAUGGAAGAUGCUCUCGAGCUGCCUCUGGUGUCACUUCACGAGGGCGCUGAUCCACAGGACGACAUGGUGCUGGUGCCUUCCAGACGACUUCGCGCAUCUGUUGCGCAGAUGGUGGACUUCAUUAAAAGCAGCCAUUCACAGUGGACGGCCAAGACGAAAGAAUUAGAGGAACGCUUAGCUCGGAACGAAGAGGAACUCAAAGACGAGGAGAGAGUUCGAGAGGAUCUUUGUAAUCAGCUAGCCCAGGCCAAAGAAAAAGUCAUCAUCGGUGAAGAGACACGCGAUCGGUUAACGGCUGAACUCUUGGAGCUCAGUGGACAAAGACACCACAUUGAACACGCGUUUAAAGAAAGCGAAGUUGCCAGACUUCGGCUAGAGGAGCAGCUUGAAGAGGCAAAGCACAUGGGAUUGGUCGAGCAAAAACAGCGAAAAAUUUUGGAAGCAGCGGCUGCUGCAGCGUCUGCACCGAUAGGGAUACAGUCAGGUCGAGACAGCAGUGACAAUAACGCCAAGGAGUCGAUUGACGUCGCGCUUAACCGCGGCUGCGGCACGAAGGCAAGCACCUGUGAGGAUGGAGCAGCUGAAGGCAACUGUGGUGAUGGUGCCUGUGGUGACGGUGUAAAAAGAUUCUCAGGAUUGACGGAGGAAAACUGUCGACUUGAGCGCGAAAAUUUAAGUUUAACACGCAGCUGCGAACGCCAAAUCUCACUGAGAAACGAGCGCAUUUCGGUACUUGAGCAAAAGCUUGAAGAAUUGGCACACGAACGAGAUCAGGCCGUAGAAGAAGCUCAGGCUGUAAUUCGUGAACGAGACGAACAACUAGAAGCAAUGGAACGGCAGCUGCAACAGAAUAAGAAGUUCUUCAGUGAAGUAUCACAGGAGAAGGAUGCCGAAUGCGAAGCUCUUGAGAGGGAGAUUCGGAACCUACAAGAUACACUUUCUAGAGAACGCAGUCGCCGUUCCACGGCCCUCGAUGAAGACCGUCAGGUUCAGUUGGAUUCCCUGGAAACGGAACUCCGCGAAAAAAGCACAGCCAUGGAGGCAAUGGCGCGGCGUCGCAGUGAACUUGAAAUUGAGCUCAAAUGUGCUCGAGAAAAGAUUGACGACCUCACCGAGGUGAUCAACCGACUCGAGCAGGACCUUACAGCGCGCAAGAUUGCACGACAACUAGGAGAGCAGUUCCCUGAGCCGCGAUCGCUUUCGCCGGCUUCCGAAUCGCAGGUUUCAGAGCAAAAUCAACACCAGCUAUCAACCAGUGAAAUGUCCACUAAUCACCAGGACAUGGAAACGUCCUUCCGGGUGCUAAAGGAACAGCUCCGUGCAAAAGAAGGGGCAGCAAGACAAGUGGAAAAACAGCAAACUCUCUUGCAUGAGGUGUCAUCGAGGCUGCGUAUGAUGGCAGAGCGAAUGCAUUCGCUAAUUGCGCCAUUACAAACGGGCACUUCCGAUGGUGGGGUGUUAGCGUUAAAGGAACCAGAAGAGGACCUACUUAGUCCCAGUUCAAGUGUCCACUUGGCCCAAGUACAAACAUUUGAAAACAGCCUUGAGAAACUACUACAGCUUGUUGAGACACUGAGAAAAACAGAAAUCAAGUUGAGGCAGAAGGUUGCACAACUUGAAGGCGAGUUUAAGGAGCAAGAAAAUGAGAUUUCCGAAUACCAAUUGAAGAAUGCUGAACUGCUGAAUAAACUAGAGGCGCGCCAGGUCGAUAUGACUCAACCAUCAAUUUUCGCGAGCGACCUUCAGAGGCAGGUUAUCACUGCCGAAAAAAAAGCUGAGGGUCUUGAAAAUGAAUUGAAAAUCGCCGAGGACGAAGUGCGUACUCUGAAAGAUACCAAGAACUUUCUGGAGGAACGAAUGGAUGUUCUUGUACGAGAAACGCAAACGUUACGAAAGAAGCUUGCUGUGUAUGAGGACUGUAUCUCAUUCGGCGCUGGUCAAGAUGAGCUUGACCUGAGCAGUUCGUCCAGUCGUUCGUCACCGCGUCGGAUGCCUUUAACACAAAAAAACCAAGCGGAACAUCAGCAACAAGGUAUACUAAUGGUCCAACCUAGUCCAAAAGGGUCGGUAGGAUCAUUAUGUCGACAAUGCACCUGGAUGAAGGAGCUACUGGAAAAGCAAGAUCUCGAAUUACGUCGUCUGCGAAUUGACGCAUUUGAGAAGAGUGUUGCCGAGCGAGAUAGUAAACGUGAUUGUGCUAGUGUAUGCUCAUCGUCAGAGAUGAGUUCCUCGCCGGAUGGUUAUGGUUCGCACCAGUCGGUACAGCUGCAAACGAGUUUCCGCGACGCCAGCCUCAAUCGCGAGCUUCAAGAGGAAAUUCUCACUCUUCGUAGUGAGAAAAGUCUUCUCGAGCAUCGUAAGGGUGUACACGAGGCCAAGUGUUCCACACUGCAAUCCGAAGUAAACAAGUUGAAUACUCUCGUCGAACAGCUCCGCAAUGAAAUGAAAACAAUGGUGCCUCUCAUUGAACAUGGUCAUCAGAUUCGUCAGCUCGAGGAAAGUUUGAACAAAGAAAAAAUGGACGCCGUUGGAGAACUUGAGAUUCAGUGGCAAGACCGGGUCGAGCAGGAACGAAAGAUGCAUAUUCGGGUUCUGCAGGAAAAAGACUGCUUGUUGCGAGACCAUCAGGAAGCGCUGUCGUCACAAAAAAUUGAGAAAGAGUUUCUUAGUGAACAGCUGCGGCUCAAAGCCAAAGAGCUGCGCGAUGUGCAGUCUACGCUGGCAGCUAAAGAGCAGAUGCUUACCAAAGUCACUAAGGAAUCUCAAAAGCUACGUAAAGAAAUCGAAAAGCAUAAGGAACAAACGGAGCAGGUAGUCAAGGAGACCGGUCUUAAAAUUAAAGAACAGAUGGAUCGUAAAAUAAACGAGCUCGUUAGCAAGCUGCAGGAGUCUCGUAAAAACAUGAAAGAUGCCGAGGAUAGAAUUGAGGCCAACGAAAAGGUGUUACGUCUGUGUAGUGUAGCACUGCAAAGGCGCGUAGAUGCUGAUAUAUUGGCAGGCCUUGCCGAUGCGUUUCCUCAAUGCGGUUCCCUACAAUGGCUUGAAGGUUGCGAGAAGUGUCCAGCACUUCAAACUGCAUUAGACGAAGCUCGCUCCGAGAUAGAAAGCUUGCGCAACCUCGUUCGUGCAGGCCAGAGUAACGCUAUUGCUGAAGAGGAGCUCGUAGCUCUUCUUCAUAAGCUCUAUUGGGUGUUUCGGCGAUCUGAAAGUCGCCGCCUGCAGUUACUUGUUCAAAAAUCUUAUCUUCAAAAUUGUGCGUUAAGGCAGUUAGAAUUUCCUGCUCGGAAACGGACGCUCAAAACAGCCGCAAUCGUCAUUAUGGCAGUUUACAGAAUGAAGCACCGCCGGCUAAGAUGGACAAUGGCUGCUGUAGCAUCCCCUGAUAAAGCAGCUGUCAUAGCUAAAAUAUCGCCCUACAUUCAGUCAGUGCCUCGUCCUAAAGAUCUCCAGCGUGCCCUGCAGCCUGCAACUAAUUCUAAUGCUGCAAAUGGCUCUAGUCGGUACCCAAACCACGUUUCAAAAUUCCCCCAAGUCGAGGGAGUGUCUAUCCCGCUUGAACAGCGUCCCUGGCCUAUCGUACCUGGAAAAUCGACCACGGUUUUAUCGCCGGGACGCCAAAGGGGCCACAGAGACGAGGACGGCUUGCAGAUACGUCAACGGAAAAUAACUUAACAUCCGUCUGCUCGAGCAAAUUUCUAACUUUUAGGAUUUGUAGUACAAAGAAUUACCUCAAAGGAAAAUAUUUGUAAACAGAAAUUGUAAAUAUUAUGUUCAUAUGUAUAGGGUUUGUAUAACUGUUUCUUCAGAAUAUAAUGCAACACGCUGACAGAUGUUUUAAAUACAAAAAUAAACAUUUUGUGAAAUAUAAGAAAUGA